GUUGGCAACAGUUGUGGCCAGCACGUGUACGCUGCACGUUGUUGCGGUGUUAUUUAAAUUAUUUGAGAGUUUUUAAAUAUUGUUUAAAAUGAUUUCCAACGAAAAGAGUUUUCCGCGUGGCGGAACAGCUAAUUUACAAACAAAUGGUGAAAACAUCACUGCAAAUAUCGUUUUUGGAGCUACCCAGAAAAAGGUAAAGAAAGUGCAGAAACCGAAAGAGAAACAAACAGACACGGAAAACAAUGAGCAGCUGCAAGUGUUCUCCGCGGAAACGCUCACAUUUGAUACACUCCAAGAGCAUAUGCUGGUGAUGGGCGUCGUCAAGGAUGCGGACGCCACCUCGCUGCAGAUUGCGCUGCCAGGUCGCAUGACGGCACGUGCUCUAGUGUCCGACAUUUCGGACGCGUACGCACGUGUGGCUCAGUCGUAUAUGGCCGGCGACAGCAGUGAAUAUCGUGGUCUGUCCGAGCUGUUCAGCGUUGGCCGCAUUGUCUAUGGACGCGCCACCAAAACCGAGAACCUGGAAAAGAAUCGCACAUCGCUAGUGCUGACCCUCAAGCCGUCGGAUGUGAAUAGCAGCUUAAGGCACACAAACAUCAAGAAGGGCUUCAUCUUUUCGGGUGCCAUUGAAGAGAUCCAGGAGCACGGCUGCAUCAUUGAGACGGGCAUUGAGGGACUCCAUGCUUUUAUGGCCAAUGCAGAGGCUGCCGAGAAGCAUCAUGUCGGAGAGUUGAUAUUUCUGAAAGUCAAGCAGAUUCAGCAUAAUGCAGAUCAGAGUACCUGCCAGUGUGUCAAAGUGGAACAGGAUCAACUGAAGAUUAAGAGUAAAAAUGAAACAAAUCUGGACUACAUACUUCCCGGCAGCAUUGUCAAGUUCAAGGUGACGAAACAGCUUAAGAAUGGACUGGAGGGCAACAUCAUGAACGAAUCUUUUCGCGGUUACAUCAAUGAGCAUCAUUUGGGCGAGGCUUUGCAUACACCAAAGGAUUACGAGAUUAACGAGGAGUACCUGGCACGUGUGCUCUAUGUGAUGCCCCUCACGAAGCUAGUGUACUUGACAUUUAACCUGGACAUCAGUGUCACAGCUGAGAGGCAGGAGAAGGAGGAAGGAGCCGACGAGGAGCAAUUGCUUCGAAAGGGAAGCAUUGUGGAGAAGGCACGUGUAUUGCGACAUGGUACCGGAGGAAUCGUACUGCUGCUCAACCAGAAAUACAAGGGUCUCAUUUCAUAUGGGUCCAUCAAGUCCAACUUCAAGGGCAACUACGAUCAGGAUGUGGUGCUAUCCAAAUACACGCGCAAGAGCAAACACAGUGUCCGUGUGCUCGGAUAUGAUGUCGUCGAGGCGCUCUACUACUGCAGUGACGAUCCCAAUGUGCUGAACGAGAAGCAGUACACGCUGGAGGAUCUUCAUGCCGGUGACAUCGUUUCCGCUCGCAUUGUCAAGUCGGAGUCGAAGAUUGGCGGCUAUUGCGUUAAGAUUGGCAAGGUGAACGGCAUCAUUGAGCAACUGCAUCUGGCACCGAAUAUACGCUACGAGGUGGGACAACGUCUGCGCUGUCGUGUCCUUGAUAUAUCCGUGGACCGAAAGAUUUGCUACCUGAGCAAUCGCAGCGAGUAUUUGAGCAAGGGCGUCAAGCUGCUGACCACGUUGGAAGCGGCUCAAGCCGGCAAGGUCUAUACCGGCAGCGUGGUCAAGUGCGAGUCCAACUUUGUGCUGGUGAAGUUUUGCAACGGCAUCAAGGGAGUCCUGCACAAGCAACGUGUCAACGGAAUGAUGGAGAACUCCUUUUUCGAAGGUCAAACAACCAAAUUUCGCAUUGCCGGUCGCAACGUGGAACAGGUGCUCCUCACGUUGCCCGAGGACAAGUUCCAGCUGGGUGAAAUAUGUCCCGUGGAAGUGACAAAUGCGUUGGACUCCGGUCUGGAAGUUAAAAUCACAUUUGCCAGCGAUGACUUUGAUGAGUCACAAGCAGAGGAUGAGCCACAAACUGAAGAGUUUGUUGGUCUGGUUCCACUUCGCUUGCUCUCGGAUUACGUGGAUCUGCAAUCUGCACAGAAACGCAUUCAUCCCGUCGGCACACACACGGAUGCCGCCUGCAUCUUGCAAAACAUCUUCAGUCUGCGCGAAGUUUCCUAUUUCUCGGAGAAUAUAACAAAGGAUUGGCAAACUGUCCAAGUGGGCGACGUUCUACGCGCCCAUGUGAAGCAUGCCAGCGAGCAGAUUGUGGAGCUGCUGCUGCCUGUGAGGAACUACAACAAGCUGGUCAAGUUGCACAUCAAGAUGUUGUGCCUGAGCACGGUGCGUGGCGUCCCUGUCCUGCUGGAGCCGGAUCAGCUGCUGUACGUUAAGGUGCUCAGCAAGGAGGUGGAAACCAAAACGCUGACCGUGUCCGCCAAAUUGACAGAUGUCUGGAGUGGCCAGCUCACGGACACAGCUAAACUGGUAGAGAGCUACCUUGAUGAAGUGUCGCAGAUUAAGCGAACUCUUAAAAUGAUGUCCGCAGCCAUUGCCAAGUUCACGGUUGGCGACACGGUUAAUGUUCUAUUUAAGGGCAUCAAUCCGACGACCAAUGAUUGGGUCUACACUGUGGAUGGUGACACAACAAUUACUGGGCUGAUGGUUAACAGCUUGGUGGGAACAGGAGCUGCUCCCGAGGUGGGCAGCAAACAGCCAGCUGUCAUCUUGUGGAUCGACUAUGCCAACGAUAUGCUGCUGAUUAGCAACAAGAAGCGGGAUAUUGAGCACAUUAGCAGCAGCAACAACGAGUUGCCUCCAAACUUAGUGGCCAAGUCGGGCAUGAAGGCCAAGGUGCUGCUCAAGCUGGACAGCAUUGUGGUGUGUUCAUUGAAGAAAGGUGGCACCAAUCCGUUGGUAUUUUGUCCGCUCCGUUUGCAUCCCAAUGAUGUGGAGAACUCCGCCAGUGCUUCAUUGCGACAGGGCGACUUUUGUAACCUGGCCUUCAUUCACGACAAGUUGCCCAUUGCCGUGCCCGAGACCGUGUGGAAGUUGUGGAAGGGUGUCAAACGUCCUGCCAUUGUCGAAGAUGAGAGAGAGGCCGUCAAGCCAAAGAAGGCCAAACUGGAGUCCAAUCCGCCAACUAAGGAUAUCAAUGGUAAAAAAGUAAAAGCCUUGCCUUUGCAAAAUGGAAAGAAGGCUAAUGGUCAGCUCUUCUUCGAGGACAAGAAGCCUUCAAAGGCGAAUAAUCAGAAACCCAAUGCAGUCGACGAAGCGACUGCAAAGGCACGCCUUCCUGGUAUCUCCAGUUUCUGGGAUACAGACCUCAGUGCAUUGAAUGGCAAGCGACAAGAGAAAGAAUCCAGCGAUGAGGAUGAGGACGAUGCAGCUGCAGAAGCGAAUGAGACCAGUGCCAGUAAAAAGAAACGGAUGAGUGCCAAGGAAAAGGCCAAGGCAGAAGUCAAGGAGGAGCAGCGUUUACGUGAGAUCGAAGAGCGCAAUGCAGAUCCCAAUCAGCGACCAGAAACCAUUGAUCAGUUCGAACGCCUGGUGCUGUCAGAGCCCAACAGCAGCAAAUCCUGGAUACAGUACAUGAGCUUCCUUCUAUCAAACACAGAGAUUGACAAGGCACGGGAAAUUGCACGACGUGCCAUCAAAACGAUUACGUUCCGUGAGACCAAGGAGCUGCGUAACAUGUGGACUGCACUCAUCAACCUGGAGCUUAGCUACAAUUCAUCCAAUUUCGACGAGGUGCUAAAGGAGGCACUCAACCACAACGAUCCACUGGAAACGUAUCUAAGCCUCGUUGAAGUGCUCAAAUCGCACAAUCUCAAGGAGCGUCUGAUAAAUACAAUUAAUCUGAUAACGCGCAAAUUCCGAACGGAACUGCAGGUCUGGCGGGUGUCUGCUGAUGCCUACUUCUGGAUGGGCAUGACCGAUCGGGUGCAGCCAACACUACAGCGAGCACUUGGCGUUCUGCCCAAGAAUCAACACAUCAAUUGCAUUGUUGCCUUUGCCAAACUUUACGCCCAGCACAAUGACAACGCGAUGGCCCAAACUCUCCUUGAUGACAUUGUCACAUCGUAUCCAAAACGAAUUGACAUCUGGGUGUUGUACGUUGAUAUGCUUAUCAAAUGUGGACUCAUUGAAUCCGCCAGAAAUGUCCUGGAGCGUGCGGUGUUGCAGAAACUACAACCAGAUAAAAUGCUCGUCAUUUACAAAAAGUAUCUGGACUUUGAGCAGAAACACGGCACGGAGAUGAAUGCGGCAAGGGUUAAACAGCUGGCGGAGCAAUACGUACAGAGUCAAAAUAAAGCGCCCAAAUAAGCGAUUUGACAAUCUAAAAAGUUGAGAAUCACUUAAGUUCAUAGCGUAUAAUCCAAGUAGAGAAUCCCGCUUACAAAUAACAAAACUAUUUGGAAAAUACUGUAGAUCUGUUUUAGUUUUGUUGAUACUUUAUUCUAUAUAAUCUAUAUUUAAAUGAAGUGUGUGAUUCUUGGAUGCUACUUUUUAAAUAGUAUAUGUGUGUAAUAUAUAUAUAUAGAAAUACAUACAAUUUUGUUGCGGCCACGCUACGGUUUCCGUCUACAUGGAUAAAUGUAGCGGCAACUUCGCAGAACGUGUGCUACACAAUAGAAAAAA